AUGAAUUUUAUAACCGCAAAUGAUGGAGCUGAAAACCAUAUUGGUUCUGUUGACAGCGAUAAAGCGUCUUACUACAGCAUUUCCGAUGAAAACUAUACGAAAACAACGGCUAAAGACGAUGUCGAGAAAAUCGAGACUUUGACAAAAGUUAUCAAUUAUACUAAGUCCAACAGCAGUUCUUUGAAUAAAACUUCAGAAACUGUGGAUAUACAUUCCCGAGAAUCGAGAUCCUUAUCCUCAAUAGAUGAAAUAGAUGAUGAUCGUAAUAAUUUAAGCGUAAAAAAAGCCUUAAGUCUUAUGACCAUUAAUGAUUUAGAUCAGUUCAUAAAUGUUUAUAAAAUAAUCACAAAUCCGGAUCCGAACAUAGACAAAACAAUAAAAAAAGCCAGUAUGGACCAAUUACUGUCCGGGGAACUUUUAAACAGAGAAAACUUCCACAACUUGUAUGAAGCUGAACCAGAAGAAUUAGCCGCAGAAGAAGAAGUGAAAGAUAAAGUAGUUAAUGAUUAUACAUUUUUUGACGUUUACGAUCAUAUUGAAGGAUGGAAAAACCGCAUACUACCUAUGUUAAACCAAAUUGAAAAUAUAAAUCAAGAAUAUAAAACGAUCGGUCCGCAGGACGCUACAGCAGAUAAUUUAAAAGUUCACGAAGAGCCAAUUCCGAAUUCGUUAAUAAAAGAAGCAGUUGAAAAUGAUGACAUUAUUACGGAUUCUUUCCGUUUUUUGUCAAAUAUUGAUAAGUACAUGGGCGCUGGUGUGCUAAGUCCUAAAUUUCAUUCGAAAGUUAUUGAAACCGAUCAAUUAAAAACUAGCUAUGAUGAAAUUAAAAAUAGUGAUGGAGUUUUACAAUCUGAUAAAAUAUCAAAAUUGCAAAUUCCCAUUAAACACGGUAGAGUUACAACCAAAUAUCUGUCAUCCCAGCGAACCCUUCUGAUUCCGUCCAACACUUACUUACCAAUUAGCAAUGAAACAAACGUGGACGAACUUGAAGUCAAAACUUAUUUUAUCGAAGCCGAUGUUCAAGACCCGAGCUCUCUCGAAAUGAAGUGCUCGUGUACAGCACUGUGA